AAACAUUUGUUCGAGGAGACCUUGGGUUGGUUUUUAGUUUGAUAAGCAUUCUUACUGAUGUAUUUAUGAUCUAUAACAACAGUUAAAAGAUACAGAAAAGGCUGAAGAAAUGAAGGUAUGAUUUGUAGGUGCUGACACUUUCAGGUAUUUGACAGAUGCAGAUAAAACUGAGUCAGGACUCAUGACCUGGUUACAAGUCCAUCUGUGCCCAUCAGUGAUGUCUGUGAGCGCCCUGCUGCGAUGCACCUCUAGGUCACAGAGGCAGCAGGCGAUGGCUUUUCUAGUCCAGCAGAGAGCUCUGUCAGCUGCAGAGGCUGUCAACGCUCUCAGACCAUUUUAUUUUGCUGUUCAUCCAGACUUCUUUGGUCAAUUCCCCAGAGAACGGGAAGUGAAUGAAAAUUCUUUAAAGCAAUUAAAUGGCUACAUGGAAAAUUUACAGAAGCCUGACUUAAAGUUAGUUCGGCCAAUAAAGCUCACCUUUUAUAUCAGGGACACUAAGGAGAGCAGUGAGAAGCAGCCAGGCUUUGUCUCUUCAGGUUUCCGGUCUGUGAGUUUCAUUCUACACACAAAUGAUAUUUUGAGUACCGUGAUGAACGUGCUGACAUCCUGCAGCUUGCCUGUGGAGCACAUAGAGAGACAUGAAAAAAGCUUUGGGACAUGGAAAACUGGGCCUGAUGGAGGAGAAUCUUUUCAUAGACCCAUAAAAUGGGAUAAAAGCUACUAUACCUUCACUGGGUUCAGAGAUCCUGAGCAGGAGCUGCAGCAGACCAAGAGAAUGGAACCUACACUCCAUGGUUGGCUGAGAAACAGCGAACCUGAGGCAACAAAGAAACACAAUGCUAGUCUUCCACGGAGAGAAGAGCUGAGCAGACUGAAGAAGGAACUGUGUGAAAAGUUUCUUUUGGCAGAUAUCAGGUGGCAGCGCAGCUGGGGAGUGGCUCAUAAGUGCUCUCAGCUUCAGAGUCUGACCCGACUGUCUCACCAGAACCCAGAGGACCUGAUCAAUCUACAAGGCCAUACUGUUGUGUUCGCUGACCAGUCGGACAUGAAUGCUUCUGGAGACGUCAUGCUGGGAACCAUGGAUGUUCACCAUCAGUGGACCAAAUUAUUCCAGCAGCUGCCCAGCUAUCGGAGUCUCCAGCAGCAAACAGACUGGUUGAAGGAAAGAAUCAGUUGCCUUCUGGGUGGAUCCCAAGUAAUCCACCUGGGACCAGUCCAGCCUAUCGCUGAGCACUACAGCACGCUAAAUGCUUUUCACAAGAGCCUGAUGUCCCGACGCCUGCACCUGCAUCCCAGGAGCCUGCAUGGCCUUACCAUGGUGCUGGACAAUGAUCGCUCUACACCUAGUCUCCAUGAGAUGGGGCACUUCAUUAUCCCCAUCAACUGUGACCCUCUCAAGCUCCAGCUGUUCCUCCAGAGCCAGGCCCCUGAGGCCAGAAGUCGCACCCAGCAAAGACAUCAGUUGCAGGUGGAAGAGGAGGCAGUGGUGCAGCUCUGUGUCCAGAGGCUGUCUCUGAGGGGCCUCUCCAAGGAGCCCAGCUUGAGCUCCAGUCACAUGAUUCUCUGCUGCAGGAGGCUCAUAGAGCAGCACCCCCCACUGCUGCAGGGGCUGCAUGUCUGUGUCUCCCACUUUUACUCUGUCAUGCAGGAUGGUGACCUAUGUGUCCCCUGGGACUGGAAGAGCUGACCUUUUAAUUCAUUCCUAGACAUCAUAAUAUGUGCCUGUGAUUUUUAAGGAAAGCGAUGUCUGACCCAUAAGAAGAAUAAAACACCCACAAAGGAAGAAAUUCAUUGGCUUCAUCUAUUUAUGAGUGGGAUUCAGGUUGGCACUGGCUGAUAAAAGUGUCAGAAAAACAGUGAGUAAAACUGACAAUAUUAUGACAAAUAAAUGCAAAUCAUCCUAUGAAACACUAAGCAUGUCAA